AUUUUAUUUUAUAAAUUUAAAAAAUUAUUAUAUUCACGUGUAUACAUCUUUUACGGUUUAUGAAAGUUAUUAUUUUUUUAAACAUAACAUAAUUAUAGAAUAUACAUAUUACAUAUUAAUACAAUGUGUUACUAUCAUUUUUAAUACUUUUGCAUUUAUCAAAAGUUUCUAUGUGUAUGUAAAGAAUAGGCAUGUAUUUGAUAAGCAGUUUUUCUAUUAUUAAAUAUCACAGAAAACAUUUUAUAAAAUAUUUCAGUACUAUGGAAAAUCCAUUAGUUGCAGUAUGUCAAAUGACAUCAACAAAUGAUAAAGAAAAAAAUUUGCAAACUGUACGUGAACUUACUGAAAAAGCAAAACAUAGGGCAGCUUCUAUUGUAUUUUUUCCUGAGGCAUGUGAUUAUCUAGCAGAUAGUAAAAAGGAUACAAUAGCCAUGGCUCAAACUUUGAACGGACCAACAGUGACAAGUUAUAAAGAAAUUGCAAAAAUAAAUAAAAUUUGGCUAUCAUUAGGUGGAAUUCAUGAAGCAUUGGAUAACAAUAGAGAACAUAUAAGCAAUACACACAUUUUAAUAAAUAGUGAAGGAGAAAUUGUCAGUACAUAUCGAAAAAUACAUUUAUUUGAUAUGGAUAAUAAAAAUACUGGAGUUAGAUUAAUGGAAUCAGAUUAUGUUUUACCAGGACAAAAGAUUGAAUCACCUAUAUCAACACCAAUUGGUAAAUUAGCACUCAGUAUUUGUUAUGAUAUGCGUUUUCCUGAAUUAUCUCUUUCAUUGAGAAAUAUGGGAGCAGAAAUUUUAACGUAUCCAUCAGCAUUUACAUACCAAACAGGUGCUGCACAUUGGGAAAUAUUAUUACGUGCAAGAGCUAUAGAAACACAGUGUUAUGUUGUAGCUGCAGCUCAAACUAGUAUACAUAAUAAAAAAAGAGUGAGCUGGGGUCAUGCAAUGGUUAUUGAUCCAUGGGGAUCUAUAAUAGCGCAAUGUAGUGAAAAAACUGAUAUAAUUUUAGCAGAAAUUGAUUUAAACUUAUUAAAACAAAUUCGACAAAAUAUGCCAUGUGAAAAUCAUCGUCGAACAGAUUUGUAUCCUAAAUUAGAACCUUUAUAAUCUUUAAUAUGUAUAAAUUUAUGUAAUAUAUUUAAAUGUUUUAUUUUAAAUAUAUUUAAAUGUAUAAUUAUA